CAGGUAAGUUCCUGCUGAAGGUAAACAAAUGGACUCAGCGGCGGUUUGCGGUGAAAACAUGAAAAAUUUGACCGAACUGCGCGGUUUAAAGCGAGUAAAAUGCCCGGACAGAAGAGAAGAUAUAAUGUACGAUUCCCUCCUAGUCGCAUCAAGAAGAUCAUGCAGAAGGACGCAGAGGUGGGGAGGAUUGCGAUGGCAGUUCCUGUGUUAAUCUCUCGAGCGCUGGAAAUGUUCCUGAAGUCUCUGCUGACCAAAAUCUGUCUGAUCACUCAGUCCAAGAACAGCGGCGUCGUGUCUGUCGCUCACAUGAAGCAGUGCAUAGAGUCGGAGAAGCUCUUCCACUUCCUCAGAGAUCUGGUGGAGCGACCCUCGUCUCCCGGACAGAAAGACGCCAGAGGUCUGAGCCUGUGGCCGCUGUACAGGUCAAAAAUGCAUGAAAUUCAGGUUCAAAAACCGCCUGAAGUGGUAGAAAUGGCGCCACGGCGAAACCUGGGCUCACUGGACAACGACUCCAGCUCCAGUGAGUCAGAGCUUUACAUCUGCCUUUGAGCGAACAACCAGAGGAAGGUGCUGUCAACUUCCAGCAUCCUUUCAUCAUGUUCCUUUUAUUUAAAUGUUUAGUUUUAUUUAAACGUUGCUUGUCCAGGUUAACGUGUGGGUAAUAACGAUGGAACAAAAUCUAAUUUUCUUUUCAGUUUAAGGGGGAAAACAUUUAAGUUGGUUAAUACUUAAGUUUAGACCUUUCGCUGCUAAUGUAGUUUGGGGUUCCUUUUGUUUUAUUUUUGAAAAAAUAUAUAUCUAUAUUUAUGGUGUUUUGUAAUGAAGCCUGUUCCCUUUUUGUUUGUAGCAGAUAUGCUAGGAGGACAGGAAGAAGUUGAAUGCUCUGUGUAAGUUAACAUUAAGGUAUAAUGAAUGUAGUAUGCCAUUUAAAUAUCAGACUUUUAAAUCCUAUGUUUUUCAUGCAAUUUGCUUUGUUUAUAAGUUUAAUUAACAUGGUGUUACGCUAUAUGACUGUGCUUUAAAUCCCAGUUUCCCUUACCAUUUUAUGUCACAGCCUUUAAAACUGAAGUGCUUAUUUUGCUAAACAGUGACCUUCAUGGUUCCUACUGUGAGCGUUUAACUUUUAAAGCACUUGUAAAUUAACGUUUUAAAGAGAGCAAGCCCAUAAGGCUCACACAAAUGGUUUCUUGCUCACAUGAACGUUUCCUUGGGGCUCCGUAUCUUUGCAUGUGAAGUCAAAUUGUAAAUA